CGGGCUCCUAUACCUCUCCGCCUACCACACCAUCCCCAGGAGCUACAACGGGAGGCCAGCUGGACUCUGCUGCGUCUCACCAAUCCUACUCCGAUUUCGUCGCGACAUGGCAAGACGGACAUAUAAGUCGCUGGCUCACAGAGAACCGCCUUGCCAGCCUCGCUCCGACAUUUCGAGACAAUGAUAUUCGUGGUAGCGUUAUCCUGGACUUGGAUAUGUUUGCAUUGAAGGAGAUGGGCAUUACGAGUGUUGGAGAGAGGGUCAAGAUCAUGGCCGCAGUCAAACAGCUGAGGAAGGUGUGCUCGACGAGUGGAUCAUCUGUCAGUAGUCACACCCCAAGAGUGCCCUCCACAGGUGGAAUGUCCGCAACGUCCUCUGUAACGUCUACGGAUACAAGAGCCGGCGUACCAACGCCUUCUGUGUUGCUUCGACCUCCGCCCCCCGAUGCACCUCUCCCCCGCCGCCCCGCGACAUCGCCCGCAUCGUCCCCAUCAACUGCGAUCCGGCCCCUUCCGUUUGCCCCUGGUGAAGCAGGGACCAGACGGUCUGGUGUUCGAAAUGGAGGCCGACCGCCACCCUUGGAUCUCAGCCACAGUACGACAAACAACCUGAGAUUACCUCAAGUGGUAGAUGUGCCGCCCAGUUCCGCCGCCUCACUCUCAUCAU